AUAACUUCUCUUUCCCGUGGCAGCUGGAGCCGUACCUGAAGGCGGCUAUGGGUGCACUGAGCCCAAGACGGGGGAUGCGAGCAAGGCUAAGGGACCCGGAAGGGGCGUGGCUUCCGCCUCACAGAGGGCUCCGCACCGAUAGCAUCACUUCCGUAAACAAAGGGCGCUGCGGAGGCGCGGGUCCCAAGCUGGUGACGGGGACUCUUGCUGCAGCUGUAGCAGAGGCUUUGGACGCUCUCUGACCUUUUCCAGUUGAGGGAAAGGACAUAGCCUCUUCCUACGGUCUUAUGAAGCUGCUGUCAAUGCAACAAAGAACUUGAAGCAAUGGAAGAGCGGAAAGCGAAGAGGAAGAGUCCCAAGUCUUUCAGUGCCCACUCUUCUCAGGUUGUCAAUGCCAAAAAAAAUGCCAUCCCAGCUAGUAAGAGCACAGGCUUUUCAAAUCCCACGGCACAGUCAACGUCCCAGCGGCCAAAGUUAAAGAGAGUGGUGAAAGAAAAGAACAAGCCUCCAGGAGGAGAAGGGAAGGGGGCUCAGUCUACCCCCAUCCAGCACUCCUUCCUCACAGAUGUCUCCGAUGUCCAGGAGAUGGAGCGCGGGCUCCUCAGUCUGCUAAAUGAUUUCCACUCGGGGAAGCUGCAGGCAUUUGGAAAUGAAUGUUCCAUAGAACAGAUGGAACAUGUCCGGGGAAUGCAGGAGAAAUUAGCUCGCUUGAAUUUGGAGCUCUACGGGGAGUUAGAGGAACUUCCUGAGGAUAAGCGGAAAGCAGCCAGUGACGCCAACUUGGACAGGCUUCUGUCGGACUUAGAAGAAUUGAAUUCUUCUAUACAGAAGCUGCAUUUGGCAGACGCACAGGAUGUCCCCAACCCGUCCACCGGCUAAGGCAGUGUGCAGCCUGCUCAGGGGGGUUGCAGAGAAGCAGUUGUCGCUGCUUUCGCCGAGUCCAGUAGCAGAAUCAUCCGCACAACACAAUUCAAGUGAUGGAGUGCAAGUGCAGCGAUUGUGCUCACGCCGCUUCUAGUCCAUGUGCUCGCUGUCAUUCACCGCUGGGGGGCGUGGCCCUGCUGCCAGGGCCCUUGAGGAGUGGGAUGCGGGGCUGUGCUGCUGUGCUUUCUUCUGUUGCCUUAAGGGUUAUACUUGAAAUGCAUUGUGCUAAACAUUCUGUCGGGCUGAAGGAAUUGUCCUUCCUGUGAUCACCACACUGACCCAGCUCUGGUCACACGGUGGUGGUGCACAGGCCUCCUGUGGCAGCCCAGCUUCAGUUUACGUCAGACAAUCAGUACACACGCAGGUGUGUUCCCCAAUGGCCAGUGACAAAUGUUUAAUAAGUAUUUGUGAGAUUCGCUAUUUUUAAUAAAGUGAUUGUUUUAAAUGAUUGUCUCUGUUGUCUGUUUGGAAGACCCGGUGGUCUUCCUUCAGUCUAGAAACAAGGGUUCAGUUUCUCCAAAGGAAACUGUGUAUAUAAUAUGAGGAUUUUGUGCCAUCUCUGCAAAUCCUGUGCCUUUGCAUGUUUAAAUACUGUUUAAUGAAAGUGCAUGAUUGUAAAGCUAGAGCCUGAUUUGGAUGCCCAUUCUUCCCCUUAGCUUUCUAGCGUGUGUAUACUCGGGCUGAGUUCAACUUUGAUUUUCAAUGUAGCCUGUGAGGAUUAGCAGCUGCUGGUGGUUGUGUGAGGAUAAUAG